GCAGGACGCUGCCGGACGCGUAUUUUGAACUCUGGUCCAAACGGACUGGUCCGAGCUCAGACUGAGGACCGACGCCCCGUCAGUUUCUGGGUUUUAACAAGCUGUUGUGGGUUUAGGCUCUUCGCGUAAAGUCGCGACGGAAUCUGGAAUUUAACAAUGAGAAAGAGCGAAGUGCUCGCAGCGGAGGCCGUGUCGUGCCUGAACAUAGCGCUGUGCCACCUGAAGGACAUCUGGGAGGAGAUCGGUAUCCCCGAGGACCAGAGACUGCAGAGGACUAAUGUUGUCAAGAGCCACAUCAAGACCUUAUUGGAGAUGAUGAUCAAAGAAGAAGAAUCUCUGAAGAACAGGCUCCUAAACAGCAUCCAGACAUGCAGGGCAGAAAUGGAGAAGCUCUGUCUGGAACUGCAGCGUCCAGUGUUUGAGGAUGAGGAGGGCAUCAGCAUGCUGCAGCAAGAGAAGAACAUCCGCACACAGGUGGAGGCUCUGUUAAAGGAGAAGACGCGGCGGAUGCAGCAGCUGAAGUCUCUGAAGGAGCAGGAUCAGGACCUAUGUGACAUCCUGUGCUCCAUGCAGUACGGCAUCGCCUCGGACUCGGUCCCCUCACUGGAGCAACUGGAGAACUUUCAGCAGCACAUCUCCAAUCAGAAAGCAGAGAAGGAGAGGCGGUACGUUGAAUUCACAGACAUCAAAAAGCAGAUCAUUGUGUACAUGGAAGAGCUGGAGCACAUCCCUGAGAGCAGCUUUGAGAAGGAUGUCGUCUGUGAAGACGAGGACUCUUUUUGCCUUUCCAGGGACAAUAUUACAUCACUUAAACUGCUUCUUUGUCAGCUGGAGGAGCGUAAGGCAGAGAACGAGGCGACGUGUGAGAGUCACAGAGAGAAGAUCCAACAGCUGUGGGACAGACUGCAGGUUCCUCAGGAGGAAAGGGAGGCCUUCAAUGAGCACAUGGUCACAUCCAGGAAGAGGAACCUGGAAGCGCUGCAAGCAGAAGUGCAGCGUUUGGAGGAGCUCAAGCUCUCAAACAUCCGCAGCGUCGUAGAUGCCAUCCGUUCGGAGAUCGCUGUAUUUUGGGAAAAGUGUUUCUUCAGCAUUGACCAGCGGCAGGACUUUGCUCCGUAUUUUAGCGAGGAUUUUACCGAAGAGCUGUUGAGUCUCCACGAUGUGGAGAUCCAGCACUUGAAGCAGCAUUACCAGGAUCACAAAGAGCUUUUCGAGGGCAUUCACCAAUGGGAAGAAAGCUGGAGGCUCUUCCAAGACUUGGAGAAAAAAGCCUCAGAUCCAGCAAGAUUUACAAACAGAGGUGGGAACCUUCUCAAGGAGGAGAAGCAGAGGUCAGAGCUGCAUAAAAGUCUGCCGAAGCUUGAAAAGAAAUUAAAAGCUCAGAUUGAUGAAUGGGAAGGCGAACAAGGUCAGGAGUUCCUGGUAAAUGGGCAGAAGUUUCUGCAGUAUGUGGAGCAACAGUGGGAGCUGCACCGACUAGAGAAAGAGAAGGAGAAAGCAGAAAGGCACUUAAAAAAGAGCAAACAGACAGAGGAAGAUAUGCUUUACGGAACAACCAUACGAACUCCAACCAAGCGCAGGUUUCUCGGCACUCCCACAUCCAACAAAUCACGAAAGUUUAACGCCACAUCCAGCGUGUCCAGCUCUAACAGCACCAUGCGCUCAGUCUUUGGUGGAACUGUCUGCCGCUCGCCAGUGGCCCGUCCUCCGCUGUCUGCGAAUAAGGUGUCAGCUUUACGGACACCAGGUGGGAAACCCCCCAACCCACGACUGCAAAGCUGUAACAAGGAGAACGUGGCCCAGGUGAAGGGGAGCCCUCUGAGCGGUGCGUUGCUGCCCCCUGCUAGUCCACAGCCUAACUUCAGCAUAGCCUCUGUCGCCAGCACAUAUUCAGAGUUUGUGCAACAUCUGUCCACGACCUCCAACACCAAGGUCCAGCACGACAUCCUGAACUCCACCACCACCACCACCGACUUUUGACCUCUCCAUUAUCGCGGUGAUGCCAUCAUCAGCUAUAAUAUCACGUCACAGUUGAUGAAGCUUUAAGUUCCAACAAGGUGGAUCACUACUUUUACUGCUUUUAUGCUUUUAUAUGUAAAUGAAGGUUGAAUACGUAGUGUUAUGUCAGUGAUAAUCAGGGGAUGGAGGAAUCUUUGUCCAUGUGUCACUGUACAAGUUAAAAUAUGCUCGCAUCCUAGUUUAAACACUACUUUAGCUCUAGUGUUGUCUGCACCUUGUACUGAACAUAAAGAAAGUUCGACUUUCUGAACUUAUGCAAUCUGGGGUCACAGGCCAAUGAAUUCUGAACAUUUGCACAUUUUUUUAGAGGAUGUAUAUAAAGAUACACUGUGUGACUUCGCUCACCAACACUGAUCCUUCCUCGUCUGUUUUUAUACACGUAUGUAUCUGUGUACAUAUUACUGUGUCUGCUCUUCUGGAAACUCCACUGAUCCAUCAAAGUGUUCAUGUGUGAAUCGCAUGAGUUCAGCAGAUUAUCACAAGCGAUUUUGUAAUGCUAAGAUAGAUAGAAAGCUAAUGCUUUUAUAUUUUGAAAAGUACAGUAGGACGAUAAAACCUGUUCCGUAACAGUCAUCUGAUUCACACAUUCUUGUUUUAAGAAUACACUAAAUACAGUGUAACAUUCAAUUUUGUACAUAUUACAUUAUUUGACACUUCAUACUGUUUAGGACGGAGACCAGUGUGACCUGGUUUGAACGUUGAAUGUGUCUAGAAAACGUUUCACAAUAAAACGCUGCCCAUUGUUCUGA